AUGUCUCAGCUCGACCUGAGCCGCAAGAGGAAGAGGGGCGACAAGGUGUUCAAAUUCAAAGUUUUCGGCGCCAGAGGCUACCCGGCCGCCUCCAACGGCUCCUUCCUCGAAAACAUCCGAGCCCUCCUCGAGUUCGGCCAGGUCGAGACCAACCCAGCGUCCACCUGGUCCUUCCAGCUUGAGUCGCGCCGCCAUCCUCUCCUUCUCUUUGUUGUCGAAGAGCCCGUAGACUUCUCCUGCACCCACUGCCGCUACACAGGUUGGGGCCAUCACAUGAUCUGCAACAAGAACUACCAUUUCCUAUUGCCCUCUAAAUCCGGCUCUGAUGAAUACGCAAAGACCAACGCCAUCGAGUUGCAUAGGGAGACCCACAGUCUGCAUGGUGUCCUCCACUCCAACGGAUUCGGUCAUCUCCUUUGCAUCAACGGUGGAUCCGGUCUGCCUGGCUACCAGAUCAUGGAGUUCUGGGACCGGUUAUGCUCCGGUUUAGGAGCUAGGGAGGUGAGUUUGAGAGACUCGGCGAACAAGAAAGGGAUGGAGCUGCGAUUGCUCCACAGUGUCGCCUACGGAAGGCCUUGGUUCGGGCAAUGGGACUACACAUUUAAGCGCGGAAGCUACGGCGUCGAUAAAGAAAUGUACCAAAACGCAAUCAAAACCAUCCAAAACGUUCCCCUAACCCUAAUCGCUCAUCAAUUCGGAUUCGGGAGCGAGAUUCAAGUCAUAUUCUGCCGCUACCAGCAGCUGUCGAGCCAUUCCCUCAUGACGUUAGGCGACGUGUUCCAUUUCAUGCUGGAACUGAAAUUCAGGGUCUCCGAGGAGAGCAGCGGCUACUCGGCCAUCAUGUCGGACGCGUCGUGCCGGUGGUCCCCGAAGCGCGUGGAGAAGGCGAUCCACGUGGUGGUGGAGGCCCUGAAGCGCGCCGAGUUCCAGUGGGUGUCGCGCCAGCACGUGCGGGACGUGGCCCGCGCCUACAUCGGCGACACGGGCCUCCUCGACUUCGUGCUCAAGUCCCUCGGGAACCACAUGGUGGGGAAGUACCUGGUGAGGAGGUGUUUAAACCCCGUCACCAAAGUGCUGGAGUAUUGUUUGGAGGAUGUUUCUACAACAUUCUCCAAACAAGAAGCCAAUUUAAGGCCGCAGCAGAAGAUCUCUUGGGCUCAGCUCGUCAAGGACUUGCUCUGCCUGUACUCCAACAUUCUUGGCGAUCACAAUCCCAUCACUAGGAAUGGGGCAUUCGCCGCCAUCCACUUGGCGUCGAGAGUCAUUCUCGACGCCAAGCAUCUUGCGAAAGAGUACCGGACGCCGGUGGAGGAAGGAAGCAAGAAGAAGAUCUACUGCAGGGUGAAUAUCCUUAAUAAUGCGGAUCAGGAAGUGGCGGCGACGCCGUACCACUGCGUCGUGGUGAGGAGCGGCGCGACGUUCGAUGAGGUGAGGCGCGAGGCGGAGAGGACGUUCGGGGAGACGUACGUGGCGCUGAGGAACAUGGCGGCGGAGGCGAUGAGGCCGCAAGGGACGGAGGCGGUGGUGAGGGCGGGGAGUAAGGUGGAGUUGGUGUGUAGGCAGGGGGAGGGGGAGGUUUACCAGGAGGGGCCGGUGGUGAACUGCGUUUGUGGGGCGAGGGAUGAUGAUGGGGAGAGGAUGGUGUCGUGCGAUCUGUGCCGAGCGUGGCACCACACCAGCUGCGUGCGCAUCCCUGACCAUCACGCUGUGCCCGACAUAUUUCUGUGCACGGGAUGCGAACAGGAUAUCCUGCGCUUCCGCUGCUAUGCCACCUCCACGCCUAUCUGA